AUGAGCGCACCACUCACAUCAGCACCUUGUUGGCUCUUCCUCUUGUCGGUCCUGCUCUCGGCGGUCCUGCUCUUCACCAUGGUCUUCUUCAUCAUCAUGUUCUCCGACUUGGAAUGCGACUACAUCAACCCCAUCGACCUCUGCAACAAGCUCAACCAGUUCAUCCUGCCCGAGAUGGCGGCGCACGCGGUGCUCACGCUCUUCUUCCUGCUCAGCGGGCAGUGGGUUGCGUUCCUGCUCAACGCGCCGCUCGUCGCAUUCAACGUGAACAAGGUCAUGAACAAAAACCACACGCUCGACGCCACAGAAAUCUUCCGCACGCUCUCGGCGCACAAGAAACAGUGCUUCAUCAAGCUCGGCUUCUACCUCGUCAGCUUCUUCUACUACCUCUACAGGAUGAUCCUCGCGCUCAUCGCCGACACCGAGUAG